AUGGCUCAAAGCGCUACCACAAUGACCCCGCUAACUCCCGGCGUUGUGCUUGGCCAUCCCGAUGUUCAAGGGAAAUGGCCUAGGGACCCUGAACAACUUGCUGUUAACGGCAUUGACAGCGGUGUAUUCAUCAAUGAACUAGCGAAUAUUGAACUUUUGCCGAGGAGUCUCAAAUCAUUGAGUGACGGGGAGAAGAAGUCUUUUGGUCAAAACCCCGAGAAUCUACAUUGGAAAGCCCAUGAACAAGGGCCGUCUCCCAUCCGCGAAGGAACAUAUCGUGGGACCAAGCUAGCGCUCACCAAAGCUUAUGAUCUUAUAGAGCAGCGCUUCAUGUCCUUUAUGGAUGUCGCCAAUUUUGAACCAUUAGUUCCAUCGCCUCUGUCCAGAGAAGAGAAACAGAAGUUCUUUGCUUUUACAAAUGGCUCAGACGGUUAUCCACCCCAUCUAAACCUUGCUGGUAAUCUACCAGCAGCAGAGAUGGAGAAAAACAAGACGCAGAGAUCAACACUCCAGCCAUCUGAUAUAUUUAACAAGAUGCGUCUGCUUCAACUAAGCUCUCUCUUACCUAGUGUUGUGCCUAAUAAAUACAUUAGAGAAGCUGCCAAGGCAGCAGCAUGGGCUUGGUUUGGCUCUAUGGGCACACCCGAUGCAGGGACCAAACUCGAAGAUGUGGAGUCAUAUAACAGGAAAGCUCGCGGGUCUACACACCGUGAAGAUAUCUUUGAUCUCCCCAACGUGGGUGAUUUGGAGGAUUGGUACAGCGAUAACCGGUUCUGCCAGCAGCAGUUUACAGGGGCAAAUCCUACAACUAUUGAGCUUGCCUCGGAUAGUUGGAUACAUCACUUCAUUCAAGCCGCAAAUGCACCAGAGGAUUCAGAAGUUAAGCAGUUCAUCACUGAUCUCAAGGACAAUUGUCGUGAGUCAUUAUACAUGCAGGAUUACAGCUACUUUCGCGAGGCUGUUGGGUUGGAUCCGAGUGCUGUCAUCAAGAGUGCGUUUGAUGAGCCAGACGAGAAAGCCAAGGGCACGAAAACCUGCGUACAAUGCAGCGACUGGCUUCGACAUGAAGUAACUGUGCACCUCACCAAUACGCACCUAGUCGAAGAGGCCACAAUAGUCGCGGCUAACAGGCAACUCGACCCGAACCACCCCGUGAUGAGGUUACUCUACCCACACUGGCAGAAGACCCUGGCGAUCAAUGCGGCAGCCCGAAACACUCUAGUUCCCCAUAUAAUUGUCGAGUUAAUUGGGCUCCAACAAACAGAGGCAUAUAGGUUUAUCCGGCACGCAUAUAAGACAUUCGAUUUUAAGCAACGCUACGUGCCGGCAGAUCUCAACCAACGUGGGUUCCCUCCGGAGCAACUCGACAGUCCGAAGUUUCACAACUACGCCUAUGCCAGAUGUAUCAACAGCAUGUGGCACAAGAUUAGGACCUACGUCCAAGAGAUGCUGAAUUUCGACUACCCACAGCCAGAUGCCGAUCAAAAGGUCCUUCAUGACGAACGCAUUCAGGCCUGGUCAGCAGAGAUGCGAAGUCCCAGCGGUGCAGAUCUUCCAUCCUUCCCAACCAUCAGCACGCUCGCGGAGCUAGUUGACUGUGUGACAAUGUGCAUACACAUUGCUUCCCCUCAACACACGGCGGUCAACUAUCUACAAAAUUACUACCAGUCGUUCGUCGUCAAUAAACCUCCCUGUCUCUACACCGAGCUUCCCUCAUCUCUGAAUGACCUGCUCAGCUACACCGAAAAACACCUUGUUGAGGCGCUACCUAUGAACCAUACUCGGGAUUGGCUUCUUGCGUCUCAUACACCAUACCUACUUAGCUACAAACCCGGCAAUAAAGAAAGCCUGAUUGUCUACGCUGCUUCGAAGUUCCGGGUAUAUCACAACAAGGCAUCAGAGGAGGACCAGGUCAUUGCAAAAGCCACCGGAAAAUUUUACACGGCACUUGCUGAUAGCGAAGAGGAGUUUAAGGGAUAUGGGCAAGCCACGGAUGAUUGGGGGACCAUACCGUAUGAGGUGCUGAGCCCAGAGUGGAAUGCAGUCUCGAUUUUGAUUUAG